CUCUGACUACUACCACCACAAAUCCUCUUUUGAGCCCUGUCGCAAGGAAACAAACAGCUUGGUUUCCCUCUUUUCCUUCUCCCUAACCGGACUCCUGUUUGUCUGACGACGUUGUUUUUGUUUAUAACUGCCUUCUUACGGUCUUUAUCUAUUUAUUUAUGUAUUUAUUUGCGUGUUUCUUGCCCUGCUCUUAAGUUUUUGUCUCUCGUUUUUGUCGUUGUCUACGGGUUUUGUUGUGUGUAUCUUCUCGUUUCGAAUUGGGUUGAGGGCCUUUAUUAUACAAUCGUCUACCUCCUCGCGUUCGGGACCCAACAAAGGUUAACGACACUAAAUUUCUCCGUGAAAGCCAGUCUUUCAGCGAUUUGUAGUUGAGUGAGGUGUCUGUGAAACCAAGGAAUAACCGAGGUGUGCACCCUUCAAGAAUGCAACAAGUGCUGUCCCAAGCCCGCAAGUUCCUUGCGGAAUCGCCUGCAUGGUGCAGACUGGUUGUAUGUGCUUCUGUGUCUCUGCAUCUCAUAAGACCAUACAUCCCAAUUCUCGGGCAGCUGUCACUGUCCUGGGAUGGACUCUUCCAACACGCUCACGUUUACGAACUCUUCACAUACCCGUUUGUCCAUGUUUCGCUGCUUCAUCUGCUUCUAAACUGUAUCGCACUUGUCUCACUCAUGCCAACGUUUGAACGAACGCAUGGUACUGCUGUGACGUUUCUCUUGUGUAUGAUUCCAUACACAUUAGUUCCGGGAACGGCACAUCUCAUAACGACACGGUUCUUCUCCAAAAGUCCGGGAAUCAGCGUUGCUGGUUUGAGUGGAUGGGUGUUUGCUUUUCUAUCUGCUCAAUGCUGUCAGGCAGCACCAAAUGCAAGAACCCGAGAAGUCUUUGGAUGGAGUCCUUCCAAAAAGUGGCUCCCUCUGUUUUACCUGCUUUUAACGACAUUGAUGAUUCCAAAUUCAAGUUUUAUCGGUCACACGUUUGGUAUGCUUACCGGCUAUGCGACUCCUUGGAUGAUGUCGCAUGUGCCUUUUGCAACAAUUGCUGCUCGUUGCGAUCAACGCCUAGUUACGAUUCCCAGUUAUUAUGAAUUAAACCCAGCACAACUCAACCCUACUGCUAUGAUAUUGCCCGUCACUAUUGAUGAUGCUGCUGCUGUUACUACAAACACACCUACAACCUUCCCUGGGAGAGGCACUCGUCUUGGGACAUAAGAGCAGUAGGUUCAAACGUUUAAAUGUUUACGAUUCACCUUUUCGGUAUGGACAGCUGUUCGCACGUCUUCUCCCCUCUCAAGAAACUGCUCCCCUACAACUACUGCCAUUUUAUUUUUCUUAUUAAACGAUACUUUAAGUCCUAUUUUUCCUUCUUUUUACUUUCUUUCUACCACACAUACACACAUACACACCCUUUAAGCUCUCCCGUCUGUUAAUAAAAGAACACGUCUCUCUUUCAGAUUAUUCAUUCGUUUCACUAUUCCAGUCAUUGGUUAUCCAAAGAGGGAAGGCCGAACGAGAGUCAACGAGUCCGCAAAGGCAUCGAUACACUGGCCCGCUCUUUCGAAGCGUUGCGCAUCGUCCGCAGUCAGAGAUGCCACUGCCAAGGGCUCCUUGUCGGUGUAAUCGUUUCUCAAGGGCACGUUUAACGAUGCGACCAUGUCCACCUGGUACUUAGGACACCGAAUAACGUAUAAAAUGACAGCAAUGUUUUGCAGCAGCGUCCUUAUUGUGUGGUGACGAUCCCGAGGAAGCUGUUGGAAUCCUGUCAGCCGGCACACACUGGCAUUGUCGCCUAGGGAUGCUAUAUGUGAUAGUUUGCUUGUUUCUAUAUCUUCUUCCGACCAAAUGGUUGAUGCAACUGCAUCGUUGUCGUCAACAAGACUCUCAAAGUGAAACUGAGCUGCCGUUUUUCCCGGCGCAUCUCCGUGUUCCAGCAACUCAAAAAUAAAAGACAACAUGUCGUCCGAAUUUUCCAUAAAAACCUCUUGAUUGUCGGGCACUUCACGCAGCUUACUAACAUCGCAGAAUGAGGACGGAAGCUCCGCAGUAAGUGCUCCUCCGAAUAGUUGAACCAUCAUAUAUGCCUUAACUUUGACUUGCAGCUCUACGUUACUCAAGUGCUGCUGUUCUAUUGUUUUCGCUGCCUAGAAGGUCGCUAACACACAACUACUCAAAAAUGCUUCGGCUAUUGUAUAUAAAGGUGACAAAUGAACUUACACCAAAAAACGAUUUUGUGACGUUGGAUGAAGGCUCUCUCAAACGAAGUGCACGGCUAGCAAGCUUACGAAUUGAAGAGCUUGAUCGAACUCCAAACGACCAAAGAACAAUUUCCCGCCCCUCCCCAUUAGAAUAGAAUGCAAAACAAUGUUUUUUACUAUACUAUAAACCAGAAGCCAACCACGA